AUGCCCUUGCUGAGAUUCUAUCUGUCUCCAAACCUUCUCUCUGCGGAGGAGAAGAACAGCCUUUCCCAAAAGCUGACUGAGAUUUACACAUCCAUCGGUCUCCCAGCCUUCUAUGUCAACGUGGCUUUCAUUGAGAUCCCCAGCGACAGCUUCUAUGUUGCCGGGGAGCCAGUGAACGACUUUAUUCGCAUUUGCAUCGAGCAUAUCGCGGUCAAAUUCGCCUCCGAGAAUCACCAGCAACGUUACAUGAAGAAACUGGACUCCAUUAUCGCUCCGCUUUUCGAGUCAAAGGGGUUCCGAUGGGAGUAUCAUAUCAACGAGACUCCGAGAGAGCUGUGGAAAAUCCAGAGCAUCGUGCCUCCUCCGUGCCAGUCUCCAGCUGAGCAGAAGUGGGCACGGGAAAAUCGCAUACAUGCUGAAGCUUUCGAGAACAGCAUCGCCAUUGCUUUACGAGACACUUCUUGGGCGGUAUCGUCGAAUUCAAGGACUUCUCUUGUCAUAUACAAUAUUCACUCCACUUAA